GAAAUAUGCAGACUUUUCUGGCAAGUCUCUUUUUAAGGAUUUUUAGUUAGUGUACGCAUACAGUACAGUAAUGCAUACAUCAAAAUCUCUUUAGUUUACAGUUAAGUCAUACAUUGUGUCGCGUCUACACAUCCUGUGGGUAGUUUGCUGCCCCGGCCAUCUGUCUGACUACUGAAGGGAGGAACUGAAACUAAAACAUGAGGUAUUUCAGACGCUCCAUCGAGUCCCUUUCUGGAGUCUCCACGGCAACACAGCACGGAGCACAGCAACAGCAGAGAGACAGGCAGACCAGCAGAGAGACCAGGAUAGACACCAGCAGAGACACCAGGAGAGACACCAGCAGAGAGACCAUGGCUCCAUCAGGGCUACACCUGCUGGCGAUCUUCAUGGUUGGCCUCUCUCUGGCCCACUGGACAGAAAACCCAGAGGAGAAAAAGUUCUGCAGCUGGAAGUGUCUGCUCUUUGUCCUGCAGUGGCCCGGAAGCUUCUGUGUGAGUUUCGACCCCUCUGAGUGCAGAGUUCCAUCUAACAUCAGUGACUGGACUAUCCAUGGACUCUGGCCUCUGAAAGAGGGGAUGUGCUGCUCAUGUUGGCACAUCUUCCACUCUGACCUGAAGGAACUGGAUUCUCAGCUUCACCAGCUGUGGCCAUCCUUACUGAAGAACAAAAGCAGUUUCGAUUUCUGGCACAGUGAGUGGAGGAAACACGGAGUGUGUGCUGCCUGUGUGGAGGGCUGGAACUCUCCUCAGCGCUACUUCCAGAUCAUUCUGAAACUACGAGCUCACUAUGACAUCCAAAGGUCCUUAGACUCUGCAGGCAUCAAACCUUCCUGCAACCAGACAUAUGAGCAUGAUCAGAUCUACAGUGUUCUGGCACCAGCCCUGGGUGAUCAUGUAGUGAUCCAGUGCAUGCAGGAUGACAAGGGAAAAGAACUGCUGAUGCAGGUGAAGAUCCUCCUGUCCAGGAACCUGACCCUGGGCUGUGACCCCCACCAGGACCAGGACCCCAAGCUUCAUCCUCCCAGGCUCCUGAUCACCUCUCCUGGGCACCCCUGUCCCAAAGAUGCCCCUCUGUUCUACCUCCCCAUCAACCACGACCACCCACACUCUCCCUGUGGCUGAGGACUUGGAGAGAUACCUGUGUGAUACCUAUGUGCCGGCUCUGCUUAUCAACUAGGACGAUGAUGAUUGAUGUUUAGAUUUUGAUAAGUCCACACUGGAUCUUGUUCCAGCCUCUCUCUGGAAGCCUUGCCUAGGUCUCACGCUCGCGCACACACACACACGGGGCUAGAGAAUACAGAUGAUCAACACAUUGAACUACUGUUUGACAUGUCUUGUGUUUGAGAAUGUGAAUCCAUCUGUACUAACCCCUUCACCAGAACUCACAUUAGGAUGACAUCUACUAUAAGAUAUUAGAAUGCUAGCAUUAACUUUAAGCGGCUUACUAUAUGACUUUAUUCUGUUCAUGAACAUAAUCUUGAUCUGUGUGCGACAGUAAACUGGGCUGGUGUCUGAGCCGUGUGUAUCGUGUCUCUGUUCCUCUCUCACCUGCAGUAACCAAACUGCAGCGGUGUGGGAAACACACUUCCUCCCCGCUACAAAUAACACCAAGCACCAUCACAGGUGAACAGCUGACAGUUUAUUGACAUAGUACACUGUUUUACGUCAAUCUGAAAAUAACUCACUCCCACUCCAACACCCCCCCCCCCCCCCCCCCA